GGAUCAUGCUGCAUCCUUGUCAGAGGGAAGGGAAUGGGUUACAUUUUUGACAACAACACUGCAGCUAUAAAAGGAGCGAGGCGACAGGUCCAACUCACAUCCUCUUCCAGGGCAGCUGAGAACAGAGUUGUCUUUCUCGCUGUCGGGAAAAUGUUGGCAGUCCUGGUUUUCAUCGUGACGCUGCAUCACGCACACGCCGCCUGCGUUUUGGUGAACAUUUGCCCAGGAACCGCAGCUGUGCAGGCUGAGAUCGUUGACGUGCAUAAUGCCUACAGGAGAGCAGUUGAGCCAACUGCUGCCGACAUGUUGCUGAUGAGUUACAAUGAGGAGUUAGCCGUCACCGCUCAGGCCUGGGUUGACAAAUGUGAUCUGAAACACGGACCCCCCAGCUCCCGCCUGCUCGAUGGAUAUGAAUUAGGUGAGAAUCUGUUCUAUUCGUCCUCGCCGUAUCCAUGGACGACCGUUGUCCGUGCCUGGCAUGAUGAGGUGACCCAAUACCUUUACCCCAAUGGAUCCACCAACGGGCAGCCUAUCGGCCACUACACGCAGGUGGUGUGGAACAGCUCGUACAGAGUCGGCUGUGGAGUAGCACUGUGCCCUAACAACAUCUACUUCUACGCCUGCCAUUAUUACCGAGCUGGGAACUAUAAGAGGUGGCCACCCUACAAGGUUGGAGCUCCCUGUGCUUCCUGUCCCGACGACUGCGUGGACGGUCUCUGCACCAACCCUUGUCCUUACAUAAACAGCUUCAUCAACUGCCAAACCUUGAAAACCAUCUUUGGAUGCACAAACUCCCUGGUGUCGUCCUGGUGCCCUGCCUCGUGUAAAUGCACCACUGAGAUCAUUCCAGUCUAUUAGCACUUCGUCUGAGUGCUGUUAACAUGUGCACAUCUCUAUUUGUGCAGGAUGUCAUGGAAGCUUCCCAGCACAAUCAAUAAAGUUCUGGCGUUGGUCCAUGUUGGCGGGUGUUCUGGGUGGCUUUCUUAUAUACUCCUCUGUUGAUUGUCAUUGACGGUGUUCAUCUUAGUCGUACGUCCAGAAUCAUUGACUUCAUUCAACUUCCUGAUGACACCUUUUUUCAACUGCAAUGAUGUAGGGAAAUAUUAUUGACAUGAUUCAAAUUAAAUUGUAGUUUUAUGAAUGAAGCCAUAAUGCAAGAAAAACACAUGCAGUUUCUUGUGACUACUUUUC